AUGGAUUCUGCUCCUAGAGAUGGUAAUGGUGUGAAGAUGAUGGUGGAUACAGCAAUCAUGCUGACCUGGGUGCCAGGGCCUUACAUACUUUCCAUAAACUUUUCCUUGUUCCCAGAAGAUGCAGACUGUUAUCGCAAUGCCCAAAGCUCUGGGGCUUUCCUGGCCAGCAUGGUGGAGUGUGAGGUAGAACAGAGCGUGGUCUCUUUGUCCCUGGACACUGGUGACUUCUACACGGUUAUUACUGUAGAGAUCUAUGGUUGUAGUAAUCACAUUUGCGUCCUGUCUCCCUCAGCCACGCUUCCAUCUGACAGGGCCACAGUGAGUGCCCCUCAGCGCUCCACACCCAUCAGUGCCCCUCGGCGCCCCACACCCAUCAGUGCCCCUCGACGCCCCACACCCAUCAGUGCCCCUCAGCUCCCCACACCCAUCAGUGCCUCUCAGCGCCCCACACCCAUCAGUGCCCCUCGGCGCUCCACACCCAUCAGUGCCCCUCAGUGCUCCACACCCAUCAGUGCCCCUCGGCGCCCCACACCCAUCAGUGCCCCUCGACGCCCCACACCCAUCAGUGCCCCUCAGCUCCCCACACCCAUCAGUGCCUCUCAGCGCCCCACAACCAUCAGUGCCCCUCGGCGCUCCACACCCAUCAGUGCCCCUCAGUGCUCCACACCCAUCAGUGCCCCUCAGCGCCCCACACCCAUCAGUGCCCCUCAGUGCUCCACACCCAUCAGUGCCCCUCAGCGCCCCACACCGAUCAGUGCCCCUCGGCGCUCCACACCCAUCAGUGCCCCUCGGCUCUCCACACCCAUCAGUGCCCCUCGACACCCCACACCCAUCAGUGCCCCUCAGCGCCCCACACCCAUCAGUGCCCCUCAGCGCCCCACACCCAUCAGUGCCCCUCGACACCCCACACCCAUCAGUGCCCCUCAGCGCCCCACACCCAUCAGUGCCCCUCAGCGCCCCACACCCAUCAGUGCCCCUCGACACCCCACACCCAUCAGUGCCCCUCGGCGCUCCACACCCAUCAGUGCCCCUCGACACCCCACACCCAUCAGUGCCCCUCGACACCCCCACACCCAUCAUGCCCCUCGGUGCUCCACACCCAUCAGUGCCCCUCAGCGCCCCACACCCAUCAGUGCCCCUCAGCGCCCCACACCCAUCAGUGCCCCUCGGCGCUCCACACCCAUCAGUGCCCCUCGGCGCUCCACACCCAUCAGUGCCCCUCAGCGCCCCACACCCAUCAGUGCCCCUCAACGCUCCACACCCAUCAGUGCCCCUCAGCGCCCCACACCCAUCAGUGCCCCUCAACGCUCCACACCCAUCAGUGCCCCUCGGCGCUCCACACCCAUCAGUGCCCCUCAGCGCCCCACACCCAUCAGUGCCCCUCAGCGCCCCACACCCAUCAGUGUCCCUCAACGCUCCACACCCAUCAGUGCCCCUCGGCGCUCCACACCCAUCAGUGCCCCUCAGCGCCCCACACCCAUCAGUGCCCCUCAGCGCCCCACACCCAUCAGUGCCCCUCGGCGCUCCACACCCAUCAGUGCCCCUCAGCGCCCCACACCCAUCAGUGCCCCUCAGCGCCCCACACCCAUCAGUGCCCCUCAGCGCUCCACACCCAUCAGUGCCCCUCAGCGCCCCACACCCAUCAGUGCCCCUCAAAGCUCCACACCCAUCAGUGCCCCUCAACGCUCCACACCCAUCAGUGCCCCUCGGCGCUCCACACCCAUCAGUGCCCCUCAGCGCCCCACACCCAUCAGUGCCUCUCAGCGCCCCACACCCAUCAGUGCCCCUCAGCGCUCCACACCCAUCAGUGCCCCUCAGAGCUCCACACCCAUCAGUGCCCCUCAGAGCUCCACACCCAUCAGUGCCCCUCAGAGCUCCACACCCAUCAGUGCCCCUCAGAGCUCCACACCCAUCAGUGCCCCACCACCAAACUCAUAA